AUGGCCCAGGUGACCAAAUAUCAGUAUGUGGUGGGAUCUCUGACACCCGAGUAUGCGGCAGAGGUGCGUGACAUCAUCCUGGAUCCUCCAGCUCAACAGCCGUACGACGCCCUCCGCGAGCGUCUGAUUCACCGCACGCAGAUGUCAGAACAGCAGCGUUUGCGCCUGCUGAUUUCGGACGAGGAGCUGGGCGACAAGAAGCCUACCCAGCUUUUACGCAAGCUGCAGCAGUCGGUAGGUGAGAACGCCAUGCCUGAAAAACUAUUGCGCGAGCUGUUUGUCAGCCGGUUGCCCCGAUCGGCCAAGUCAAUAGUAGCAUCCUGCCCUGCAUCACUGUCGCUGCAGGAUCUGGCAGAAAUGGCUGACAGGAUAGUGGAGGCAGCUGGUCCCAGUGCGGCAGUACAUGCAGUUCGCAACACUGGCGAGUCAGAGGCAAUGGCCGCCAUUGCAGCUCUCCGGGACCAAGUUGCCGCCCUGACGACCACUGUAACCGAGCUGAAACAGCAGCACUGCCGCUCUCGCUUCCGCAGCCAACCCCGCAGUCGCUCGGUCUCACCGCAUAGCAGUGGUUUAUGCCAUUUUCACCGCAAGUUUGGUGUGCAAGCCCGGCGGUGUGAAGCCCCGUGCUCCUGGUCGUCGGGAAAUGCCCCGGCCAGCCAGUAG